AGAUAGAGGCCUUCUGGCAGGCUCCCGGCGCUCCCCAGAUGGAGGCCGGGGCCGAGGCUGGGAGCACGCCGGGAGCCCCGCAGGCGCGCGCUGCGACGGGCGCGCCCGCGGGCGGCGCCUUGCGGCGGGCUUCCUAUGCGGAGAGGCGGAGGAGAGCGCCGCCGUCGCCCCAGCGGGGGCGCAGGCCGGCGCCGCCGAGGGGCACGCGGCGCGGGGGCCGGGCUGGCAGGCGGCACCACGGAGGGGAACGCGUACGCCGCCCGCCGCAGAGCAGCCGUCACGGCGGCCAGCGGCGCCGCGGAGCCGGCGCGGCACAGCGCAGGCCGCAGAGACAGCGUUGACGCGACCGCCAGCCACGGUGGAGGUGCCCCCCUUGGGGCGAGGAGCCCCGGUGCCGGGCGCCCCCCGCAGGACGGCUGCCCAGGCGGCCCGCGGAGGGGGUCCUACGCGCAGCUGCGGAGGAGCCGGCAGGCCGAGCUGCCCGAGGCCGCCGCGGCCGCCCGGCCGCCCACAGCCGAGCGCCCAGAGCCGGCGGAGCCCGCUUCGUUCACAGAAGCUCUGGCCGCGGCCAGCGGGCCGCCCGCGGCGCAGGCUCGGCUCGAUGCUCUUCGAUGCUCGAUAAAAAAAAAAAAAAAAAAAAAACGCAGCGCCAGGAUCCCAGGGUUCUGCCCCACCCCGUGAGCAGCACCCGAGAGGCGGCCUGCAGGCCGGCGGAGCCCGGGGCGUGCCGGCGGGUGUCGUACGCGGAGCGGCGGCGCGACCGGGCGCGCGCGGACGCCGCAGCGGUUGGGCCGGGUCUCCUGGAGCCGGCCGGGGGCCCCGAGG